AACAGGAUCGAUUGGUCGAGUCUGUGCAGGUGAUUCGGUAAGAGCUGAGGCCACAUCUGUUGGGAGUAAACAAAUAGCUUCUUUUUUUUAGACCUUCCGGAACUCUUUUGGACUCGUCACCGACUACUAUAGCUUUAUUUAACUGUAUUUUGCCGGUGGACAAUGAGCUGUGGUAGACUUUGUCAGAGGAAGCUGCUAAACACUUGUUGUUUGUGACUGUCAGUGAACAGUUUCCUGACUCAUCUUAUCAGCGUCGAGGCUCCGACACGUCUCCGCCGCUCCUUCAGCUUUUAUUCACUUGUUAACUUUUUUAUCCAGCAUUAUGUGCCACCCUUUGUAAUAGGUAAAUGUAGAAUAUAGGUAGGCCUAUCCGAUGCCGGUUGUUUAGAUGUUAGAUAUUUAGGUGUAUAGUUGUUUGAAAAAAGAGGGGUGUGUUUUAACAGUACUCUGCCCUCUGGACUUACAAUUAAUGCCCCGCCCGGUUGUCCUCGCUCAGGUAACAUUUGACCAUGUUUUUUCAUCUGCUCAUAAUCCUCCAACUCCUGUCAUGUGGACAUCUGGCCUGUAUGAGGAGGUUACUGACCAACCAAGAAGGAGACCAAGAAGUGUUUGUAGAUGAAGGGGACGCCAACUCGUUCCUGGGUCGUCAUCUACUGUUCAACCGGUUCGACUUUGAGAUUUUUGUGCCUGGGGAUCUGGAAAGGGAGUGUUAUGAAGAGGUCUGCAAUUACGAGGAAGCAAGAGAGGUCUUUGAAAGCAUCCCGGUUACAGAUGCUUUUUGGAAGAAAUAUACUGCAGAGCAGGAUAAGCGUCCCUCUCGGGUGGAUGUGACAGCUCUUUUAGUGGGACUGAUUGCUGCUGGAGUGUCCAUUGUUAUUGUUGGACUUUUGGUCUGGUAUUUCUGUCAGGGCAAAUGUAAGGACAACGUAAGCCGUGCAAGCUCCAUUCGAUCUCGACCGAGGAGAAGUAACGCUUCUCUAAUAAUGCGACGGCUAGAGGAGGUGUCCCUACAUCCUGUGGUCCCGCCUCCGAUCCCCAUGGUGGACAUAGACCCCCCGGGGCUGCCGUCAUAUGAGCAAGCAAUAGCAAUAAGUGGACAGCAUGACGCCCCACCUCCUCCAUAUCCUGGCUCAAGAACUGGAAGUAUUCGGCGGUAGUAUCUCCAGGACUCCACCAGCAUGUCUGUCUAAGCAGACAACUCACGUUUACACUGUGCUGCUCUGCUUACUGCUUAUAUUUUUCAUCAUCACAAAUUUGAAAAAGUCUCCUUGGUGCCUUCUGUUUAUUGUUCUGAUCAAGCUUUGUUUUUUAUACAUUUAUAAUAUGAAUGGUCUGUUGUUGUUCCUUUUCCUCAGCGGUGUAAUAUCAUCUUUUCUUUUACCUGGAUGUGCCAAAACAUGUCCUCCUUGGUGUGUUUUCACAGCUGUGGUUAUGCUUAGUAAUGUAACCGCAACCCUUUGCUAAAUAAGCUUUAAAUACCUAUGCUGCUCUUUUUCUAAAUGAAAAUGAAGAAUUAUUCCUGUUUUGAGCGUCAGAGCGUUGAGUUCAAAGGGAACACUUGAGCCCUUAGGGGAAUGUUGCUUUCGACACAGCUUAGAGGAGUUGAGAGCAUCAUCAUUAUAAAUAUUGAUUUCAAAUGAAGAAAGGUAAACAGUUGUUCAUAGCUCUACAGCUUUCUGUCUCCUCCAGAAGGAAAAAUAGAAACUGCAAACCUGCUUGAAGUGACUGUAUGGUUUGUGUAGCUAUGAGGACAAUGUUUUGAUGCACUGUUUGCUUUAAGAUUCACUUUGAUCUGUUUCUCAUCAUCUUGCGCUUUUUUAAAUCUACAGAUAUUCAUCUUUCAUAUUGUGAUUUUAACUUUAUAUACAAACAAUGUGUUAAAUUAUAAAAUGUAGGCCUGCUGUAUAUAGACACAUGUGGAAGAUUCAGAUGCAAGACCAUUUUGCGGUUGUAGACCAACACGAGAGUUGUGAUUUAUAUGAGAGAAGAACACUGUUAUGGUUUUGUUAAGAAUACAGCACAACAGAUUGAUCUGAGACACUGUCACUCACGUAAUUGUUAUGUGAAUUAUCUUUAUACAAGAUGGUUGUAUGCUAUUGUCUUUUAGAUGAUGGGGAACACAAGACAAGUUUCAACAUGACAUCAUGAGAAUGUAUCCACUGGUCUGAAGUCUAAUUAAAAUGAACAUCUUGUUUUUUAAUGUUUCAAAUAAAACAGAUAUUUUAAUAUA